AUGGGGCUCCUAGUGGCACCUCUCCUGCUAGCCUGGGUGGCUGGUGCCACUGCUGCUGUCCCCGUGGUGCCCUGGCAUGUGCCCUGUCCCCCACAGUGCACCUGCCAGAUCCGGCCCUGGUACACGCCCCGCUCGUCCUACCGGGAGGCCGCCACGGUAGACUGUAAUGACCUGUUCCUGACGGCGGUGCCACCGGCUCUGCCCACAGGGACCCAGACCCUGCUGCUGCAGAGUAACAGCAUCAUGCACGUGGAGCAGGGCGAGCUUGCCUACCUGGCCAAUCUCACGGAGCUGGACCUGUCCCAGAACAGCUUUUCAGAUGCCCGGGAUUGCGACUUGCGGUCCCUGCCCCAGCUGCUAAGCCUGCACCUGGAGGAGAACCAGUUGACACGCCUGGAGGACCAGAGCUUUGUUGGGCUGGCGAGCCUGCAGGAGUUGUAUCUCAACCACAACCAGCUCUACCGCAUUGCACCCCGAGCUUUCGCAGGCCUCAGCAACCUGCUGCGACUGCACCUCAACUCCAACCUGCUCAGGGCCAUCGACAGCCGCUGGUUCGAAAUGCUGCCCAGCCUUGAGAUCCUCAUGAUCGGGGGUAACAAGGUGGAUGCCAUCCUGGACAUGAACUUCCGGCCACUGGCCAACCUGCGCAGCCUGGUGCUGGCAGGCAUGAACCUGCGGGAGAUCUCCGACUAUGCUCUGGAGGGGCUGCAGAGCCUGGAGAGUCUCUCCUUUUACGACAACCUGCUGGCGCGGGUGCCCCGGCGGGCGCUGGAGCAGGUACCAGGGCUCAAGUUCCUGGACCUGAACAAGAACCCGCUGCAGCGGGUGGGGCCGGGAGACUUCACCAACAUGUUGCACCUUAAGGAGCUGGGGCUGAACAACAUGGAGGAGCUGGUCUCCAUCGACAAGUUUGCUCUGGUCAACCUCCCAGAGCUGACCAAACUGGAUGUCACCAACAACCCACGCCUGUCCUUCAUCCACCCCCGCGCCUUCCAUCGCCUGCCCCACGUGGAGACGCUCAUGCUGAACAACAACGCCCUCAGUGCCUUGCACCAGCAAACAGUAGAGUCCCUACCCAGCCUGCAGGAGGUGGGGCUCCAUGGUAACCCCAUCCGCUGCGACUGCGUCAUCCGCUGGGCCAACGCCACGGGCACCCGUGUGCGCUUCAUCGAGCCUCAGUCCACCCUGUGCGCAGAGCCGCCUGACCUGCAGCGCCGCCCGGUCCGCGAGGUGCCCUUCCGGGAGAUGACCGACCGCUGCCUGCCCCUCAUCUCCCCCCGCAGCCUCCCCUCCAGCCUCCACAUGGCCAACGGUGAGAGCAAGACACUGCACUGCAGGGCAGUAGCCGAACCGGAACCCGAGAUCUACUGGGUCACACCUGCCGGGGUCCGACUGACACCUGCCCACAAGGGUGGGAGGUACCGCGUGUACCCCGAGGGGACCCUGGAGCUGCGGAGGGUGACAGCAGCAGAGGCAGGGCUGUACACCUGUGUGGCCCAGAACCUGGUGGGAGCUGACACUAAGACAGUCAGGGUGGUGGUUAGCCGUGCGCCCCUCCAGACUGGUGGGGACGACGGCCGGGGCCUGGAGCUCAGGGUACUGGAAACCCACCCCUACCACAUCCUGCUCUCAUGGGUGUCCCCUCCCAACACACUCUCCACCAACCUCACCUGGUCCAGCGCCACCUCCUUCCAGGCCCAGGGGACCCGUACCCAAGCCCGCCUGCCCCGAGGCACUCACAGCUACAACAUCACCCGCCUGCUCCAGGCCACUGAGUACUGGGCCUGUCUGCAUGUGGCCUUCGCUGAUGCCCACACCCAGUUGGCCUGCGUGUGGGCAAGGACUACAGAGGCCACACCCUGCCGCGGGGCCUUUGGGGACCAGCCGGGGCUUAUGGCCAUCCUGACCCUGGCUGUUCUCUUGCUGGCAGCCGGGCUCGCAGCCCAUCUUGGCGCAGGCCGGCCCAGGCGAGGUGUGGCCGGGCGGCCUCUCCUUCCAGCCUGGGCUUUCUGGGGCUGGGGCAGCCCGUCUGUGCGAGUGGUGAGCGUGCCCCUGGUUCUGCCCUGGAAUCCCAGUAGGAAGCCAUCUGGCUGCUCGGAGGAAGGCCAACCACCUCUUUCACUACCCUUGUCUCAAAACUCCUGA